CAGUCGCUCAUCGUGGCUCGUCGAGGCAGCAUUCCAUUAAAUCGUGUAUUAAAACGCGCGUGAUUAUCCCUCUGUGAUGAAAGUAAAAUAAUAAUUUAAUUUACUGUGAAAUAACCGUCAAAUGACCGACUAAAUCCCAACUAAAUUACCCAAUCGCCGAAGCAAUCAAUCACUCGGGUGAUUGAUCAGUUGAUCGAUUAAGCGACCAUUUAAAAAAAACUGGAUCAAUUAAUCCAUUGGACCUGUAACUCGUUCCCCCUUGUUAAUUUAAUUAUUCAUUAUUAUUGAUAAUGGAUUGAUGAGUUUUGCAGUGUUUAGCGGCGCUUCAUCUGUGCAAUUAAUGAACGAUCGGUGGAGAAAUUGAUUGAGAUUAAUUGAUAUUAAUGCGCUGCACUAAUUUGUGAUUUUUUUUUCGCGAUCAGUGAGUUUAAAUGGUUCUCAGUGAAUUAAGAUGCUCCAGGAUUAACUGUGACUCGUGAAACUGAUAGUCGAGAAUACCGAGGGGACAUGUUGCAGAUGUUUUUUUAAACCCCUCCUCACCCCCUCCCAACCCCCUUAGCCCCUCGCAUCCCUUGUUUCACCUUUGUCCUGGGGCAAUACACAAUUCGCGUGGAGGGCUCCUCGGGGGAGUAAUCGGGCCGUGCUUGGGGGAAAAAGGAAAUAAAAAAGAAGCACUUUUGAAACUUAACUGCCUGUGGGAGGGCAACCUUGGAAUAAGCGUAGGAAAAACGCUGAGACAAGAAACCAGAGAAGGGGAAAAAAAUAACCGAGAAAAAAAGCGGAAGAGCGAAAUGAGAAGUGCGGAGUAAAUCUAGCCGGAUGGUGAUACACCGAUGAAGGUUGGCAUCGUCAAUGGCCUGGGGAAUCAAUUUACAAAGAGUGAGGAUGGGUAUGCCCUGGAGGAAGAGUAAAAUGAACUCGAUUGGAAUAAUGCAAGACUGGCAGAAGCGCCAGCUAUAGUUGACGGAUCCAUCAGUUUCAAGAAUAAGAGGAGCCAGACAAGGACAGCCAUUGGUGAAUAGAAAAAAAAAAAAAAAAAAAAACUACGUAAAAGAGGUGCAAUAUAGAAGGACGAGGAAAAAAUAAACGAGUGGCUAGAUUGAAAUAUCCAGUGAGACGUUAAGCGCUGAAAAAGGAAUAUAAUCGGUGAGGGGAUAGAGAGGGGAAGAAUGAAAAUGCCUGAGCACUAUUAACCAUUGUCUUUCAUUUUCUCAUCCCCAUGAGAUACACAAUGAGACUAAAAUGUUGGUGGUUGAUAAUCGUGCUCCUCGUAGCAACUAUGACGACUCAAACAAUUGCAUGUCCCCCUAUGUGUUCAUGCAAAUGGAAAGGUGGAAAGCAGGCAGUUGAAUGUGCAAAUCGUAAUUUAACUCGUCUACCCCAGGGAGCACCGGAGGAAACACAGGUGUUGGAUCUGUCAAGUAAUCAUCUUGUAAAACUCCAAGCGGAGAGUUUUCGUAAUCUUGGACUCGUGAAUCUCCAAAAAUUAUACUUGUCAAAAUCAAACAUAAGCCAAAUAUCACCGCAAGCGUUUGUGGGUCUCGUUGGUCUUGUUGAUCUGGAUUUGAGUCUAAACAGCAUCAUCGACGUACCAUCGGAGACAUUUUCAUCGUGCCCAAGCCUCAUGAGGUUGAUCCUGAGUGGCAAUCCAAUUCGGAGAUUAUCACGCGAUGCCUUCAAACCACUGACACAACUGACAACAUUGGAGUUGAGUAAAUGCCAGCUGACGAGCAUUGAGGAGGGUGCCUUCAGUGGUCUUCAGUCGUUGGAGUGGUUGAGACUCAACGACAACAGGCUCACCUACGUACCCGACAUGACACUCCCUCUGAGCGGCAAUCUCCACGGUCUAUUCCUUCACAAUAAUCCCUGGUUAUGCAACUGUCGUUUACGGCCUAUGCAGGAUUGGCUGAAGCAGUCAGCCCCAGCAGCGCCCCAGGAGUCCGAUCCGGUUUGCGAUGCACCGCCGAGACUUCAUCAGCGACCAAUUAAAACAGUCAAACUCGAUGAUCUUGCUUGUCUACCAGUGAUCCAGACUGACCAAGUUGUUGAAGUUGAUGAAGGGGCAAAUGUCACUCUCCAUUGCAAUGUCUACGCCAUACCGGCAGCCACAAUCUCGUGGUGGAUCAAUGGACAAAAGUGCGAGACACAGAAGGACAACGACUCCUCCAUCUCGGCCUAUGUCAGGUACAUCUGUAAACAACAGGGUCACAUAAACUUGACAAAUAUUCUCCACAUAUACGGCGCCGACAAGAAUGAUGAGGGUACAUUCACUUGCAUCGCUGAGAACACAGCAGGAUCAGUCGAGGCAAAUUUGUCACUCCACGUGAGAUUCCUGGAGCGCAGUACAGUUGAGCCGCCGUUCGAAAAUUCCAACACAAGUUAUGUGGCUGCUGUUGCAGCAGGUGCCCUAGUAGGUACCCUCUUAGCAUUUGGUUGUGUGAUUGGUGGUAUAAUAUUAUGUGCAAAAAGACGGAGGGACCAAAAACGUAUUGCCAAGACUCUGUCAUCCCAGAGUAAAGUGACAUCGCCAAUUGUCAAGGACACGGAAACACUGCCUCACAAAACUGUAACCGACACACUGACCUUUGAUAAUCAGCAGCAGGUGAUGUACACAGAGCGUGAACUAGCGCGGACAGCAUCAUUGGACAGACGAGAAACGGUCGAGGCAUACAGAAACCCUGUGCCGAAGUACCUGACCGAGCCGGAUCUGAUAAACGAAGUCUAUCCCACGACCAAUCCAACAAAUCCCAGCGACAAUUACACCCUUUACCAGCAUCAAAUAACUCAGCCACGUCAUGUACUGGACUACGCGGACACACGCUACUCACUGCAGCCAACAAUGGAUCCUCGUCCUAGUCUCUCCCAAAUACCGUACCUCGAUCAGGACGGCUAUCCAUUGAAUUUCGGCCUGCCGAAGAUCUCGCUGAAUGCGGUCAGCUGUACACUACCCCGGCUACGGCACAGAAUGCCAGAGGGUUCAGCAGCAGCGCCAACAGCUCGCUACACACGUGAAGCUGAAUUUUUAGCGCGAUCAACACCCCACGAGACAGCUGUACUGUCUCGAGCCGAUACCCGUUACACAGCUGACGGUUAUCCGUAUCCAAUGGCUUAUCAGCCAAUCACGUCACCAGUUAGACAACCCCUACAGAUACCACCGUAUGUAUCACCGGAGAUUGUUCUGCCGGAAGUCAGCGAUGUGCCAUUCAUACCAUCACCCCCAGCGGCAUACAAGGGUGAACCAACGCCCCUAUCACCAAGAUCAUUGAUGAGUAAAACAGCCCAUGAAGCGGCAGCUGCUGUUGCCGCUAGGGCUGAUGAUGCACGACCACCGGAUCAUCCUGAAAGCCCUGACGAGGGUUACGUUGGCGAUGCUAUGGAUGUCUGAGGGACAGCCAGACUCGAGCGUCGGCACAAUGAUGAAUCCAAAUCCAGCGACGUUUGAGGGCCCCAAGUCAGCUGCUAGUAUCGCCAAAUUAAGGGAGUUAUGUACAUACUCAUGAUGUUGGAGGCGCUUGGCCGAGGCAAUCAUCCGCGUUACUGGAGGUGUCAGACCAACUGACCACCGGCAUCAACCUCGGAAGAGGGCGAUGGGGGGAACUACCCCACAAAUAGUCAAUUCCAGUAACGCUUACCUGGACAGGUCACAUUAUGUGGAGUAGCCGGAAUUCAUGGGAAAUGAGGAAGGACAGAUGGCAGGUUACUACUGUCGACGGGCAUCGCCCUUCUCUCUCUUUGUCCUCCCUCCCCCCCCCCCCCCUCCCCUCUCGCUCUCUGAUCCCCUUUAUCUCACGUCGGUGCGCCAGUAAAUCAGUGAAACGUAGGGCUCAUCGAUCGCUGGCUUCGGCAUGGGUAAAGGCACCUCGGGGGAAUCCCGCGUGGUUCAAUGCACCUAUUCCUUAUCCCCUUCUUGGUUCUGGUCCGGUUUUUGGGAUUCUCCGGACUCGAUUGGAUUCGCGGGGACGAUGACACCCGAGGCUGAGUCUCUCGUGUGCUCAAUUGGAAAGAGAUUAUUCGGGGUGAAUGUUAGGGAUGGGUGAUUCUGACGACAUAUUGAUGUUUGUGUUCGUUACGCAGGAAAAAAUCUCCAUUUGAUUGUAAAAAAAAUAUUUUUCCAAAAUCGAACCAAGCGUUCUGGAUUUUAAUAUAGGGUUGUUAUGAAAUUGGAAAAUAUAGUAAAUAUUUUCCACGUUUCGAGAUUAAUGGCAAUAAUUUUCAUAGAUUUCAAUUAAAAAACGUCGUCCACUGGAUUAAUUGAUAGACAUCACCCAUUCCUAGUGAUCACUCAUUGUUUUAGAAAAAGUGUGAUAAGUGAGUGAUACUGAACAAUGAACAUUUUUAUAAUGAAAAAAAAAAUGGUGAAAAUGUGCUCAAUAACACUUAUAACGACAUGACGAAUACAUUUUGAUAUUAGUAGGGAGUGGAUGUUCAUGAGUGUCUUUCGAUAAGUGAAUUAUUGAGAGUUUUAAGGAGUUCGAUAUUGAUCCCUCAUGUCGUGAAGAUAGUUAUGCGGUAGACAAUGGGGGUAUUGAGAAUUGAGAUCGUGAUCUGGGCUCUUGGGUAGUUGUGAGGGGUUAAAGUUUUAUCCGGAGGUCGGUGCAAUUAUUCACGAGCGAGAUUGAUUUAAUUUGCAUAUUAUCCGUAGACAAGGAGAUUGGAACUUAUCGGAGGGUGAUAAUGAUAUUGCGUGAUUAUACUCUACGUGAUGAUGAUUAUUUGGUUGUGGAUGUUUAUCGGAAAAUUUGAUUUAUUUAUUUUCAUUGUUAAUGUAGGUGAUGCGUGGUUAAUGCUGCUAAGGUGAAAGCUCAAAAGUUUAAUGUGGUUGUUUCUUGAGAGUGAGGGGAUGAUUGAUGAAACAUCUAGAGAUAUUUAGUGGCACGAUAAUAAUGUUGGUAGAUUUUAUAUAGACGAUAAGUUUCACCGUGUUCUACAGGGUAUAAUGGCGAUUUUGUGACAGUUCGUGUUGCUGAAUAUUUUUUUAAGAAUUUUUUUUUGUAGUUUAGUAUUUGUACGUGGAUGUGUCUUUAAUGGGGCUCUAGAAACUUCCGCAUGAUUUUGGAAUUUUUGAAAAGUUCAAAGAAUUAACUGAACAUAGGGCAAAAAUUAUAGACAGAUCAACGUACAUUUACAACUGCAUCAAAGAUCUAGCUGCCAGCUAUUUUGAUUCUCUCGAAAUCAAUCUCCAACAGAGAUAACCCCGCGAUCUAUCGAUUAAUUUCUCGUCUCAAGCACAACUCAUCUCGGAUAUGAUAGACCCCUGCGUCACAAUGACAUCUAAGAGUCUAAACUUUUUGGAUGUCGGAUGGUGGAUGUUGGAGUUGAUACGAUAAAUUCCUUAUAAAAGUUUUCAGACCUCGGGUUUGAGUAAGAGCACUUAUUCCGGAUGCUAGUUGCAACGGACUUUUCCCCCGGGAUUUUGAAUUUACCACUACCAAUCGUUUCAACUCCUGGAUCCUGUACUCUUCCACUUUCUUAUCAUUUGAAAUGUAGAAUUCAUGCCAAAUGUUCUUCCCGCUGUAUUUCCUGCCUUUCAUCUUCCAUUCGCUCGGCGCUCAGUUUUCAUUCCUACAUCUCUCGGAAUUCAGAAAAAUUUGGUCAGAAAAGUUUUUAGAUUUAACUCUUAUCUCAGAGGGCAACUCGCACUACAUCGAGGUGAGUUCACAGUGAAACUAUGCGACUUCACACACGUUUUUGCAUAUUAUACGUUAUCUCUUUGCCAACAAACAAAUUCAAUUUCACUGGGUUUUCGGCAUAUGUUUCUCCUGUCGAGAAUUGUAUUUACAGUGGAAUAUUUUGAAAUGGGCGACCUAUUUUUGAUGAAUUUGUCGUUUGAUAGCAAAGUUUUCUCUGGAAACCGCCAUUUUAUUUUUAUUCCUAUCCUGCACAUACUGUCCCGUGGAUUUAAUUGGAAAAAAUCCAUUUUUAUUGAACAUUAUUUGUCGGUUCUUCGUAAAUAAAUAAAAAUCCUAUUCCAAUUCUGUUUGACGUCUACUUCCACUUGUCGGAAAGUAAUUCUUUCAAAUAGACAGAGAGACAAAUUAAAUGAGCUGAAGCAUGUGGGGCUAUAAGAGAAUAUUUAAUGAAGUAGAACCAUAUUUCCAAAAGAGAAGUUAAUAAAUUACCCGAACAAAUGAUUUUCUCAAUGAAAAAACGGUGAAAUGGCAUUUUAAAGAAUAAUUGUGAUUCCUGACAAUUCCUUUCAGGUAUUUAAACAGAAAAAUCGUGAAAGAAGAUUUUUCAUUCUCUCAUUUGUUAAAAAAAGUUCGCAGCGGAAAUAAUUUUUUUCUCUGGAUAUUCGAUGGACGAAGUUUCUAGACGUGGAAAAAUUCCGGCAGUUGGGCUUUCAUAAAACCUCGAAGGAAACCACUACAUUGUUUUUUUUUCAUUUUCAUCUAUCAGAAUGAGAAAAAUCGAAAUAACGCACCGCCUCGAUGAGCACGAGUGACUCCAAUCCAGACCUUAAUGCAUUGAAAUGAUACCUCAGUAAAAAAAAUAGCAACCCUCCAGGAGCGCUGAAUCCUUGGGUUAAAUGUUAACGAGUUCCGCAAACUCCGAAUUUUUUCCGAUCCACCAGAGGCAGCGAUAAAAAUACUGAGUGAGCAGGAGAAUGUGUACAUAGUUAACUCCCAGUGGUCAUCGUGGUUUCCAACCCUCCGCCCUUUCGAAAAAGUGGCAAAAAAUUCGGAGAAAUUGUGCGGUGUUCGAUGGCAAAACCUUCGUUUACUCCACUCCCCCCCCCCCCCCUCCACACCCUCUGGCUUUAGUUGCUGCAACAUAUUUUUAAAAGUUUUAUUUUGUUUUGCGCGCAACAGGGACAGCAAAAAUGACGCACAAUCCACUGAAGGUAUUUUUACUCGAAUUUUUGUGGCUGUUAACUGAGGGAAUAAAUUCAUAUGUGUUAUGGACAUUUUAUAUUUCAUUUCUCUUUUCUGUUUCAGUCUAAAUUUACAUUGAUUUUUUUCACUAUGUCCAUGAAUUUCAUUUUUAAAAAUCGAUGUUUCAUUCACAUCUUCCAUUUAAAAUCCCUGUAACCGCCAAAAAGCUCCGAAUAAAAUAAAAAUGUCUCUAAACGCUUCGGUUUUUAAUGUUCGAAAAAGUUUAGAAAUUUUUUAUUCAAUCUUUCAUUGAAUUUAUUUACAAUUUUCAGUAACGCUCCUUUUUUUAUUGAUAUUCCAUUUGCAUGGUCCCCUUAAAAUCCCUAAAAACCUCAAAAAAUGUCUGAACCAACUAAAAAUUUCUCUCAACUUUCUAAUUUUAAAUCCUCGAAGAUUUCCAUUCAAUCUAUCCUCACAUUAUUGAAAAAAAAAUCAUAAACUUCCCCAUUCCAUCUAUUUAAUUCGCAUUAUUCCUCUAAUCUCACCCCCAAUCGAUAUCUCGAUCUAAGGGACUAAUUCUAAGACUACCCACAAAAAAACGAAACACGUCAAGAAUAAAAAAAUCAAACAGAGAACAUUAAACCAACCGAGAUAACUCUCGACUUAAUCAACCCACUGAGAAACCUAAACCUAAAAAAAAUGUAAUAAUAUCAGGAAUAGUCACAAAGAUUAUCUGAUAACCUAAUCGUAAGCAUAAGUAUAUUCUUUUUUAAGGAAAAAAAAACAAGUGUAGAUAUACGAAGAUAACUAUAUUAUACUGGAUUGUAUGCAAUUAAAUAAAGCAAUUGAAA